AACAAAAUGGCUUCCGCGUCAGUGAUGUUGGUGCAGCCCAAAGGGGAACUUUGGGAGAAGAUCAGAGUGGAACUGAACGAGAAUGUAAACACAAGAGACCAGGACCUGGCCACCAUUAAAGAUUGGCUGAAGAAGCAACCACAUCUCCCUGAUGAAUGGGAUGACCGCUGUUUGAUGAGCUUCCUCCGAGGAUGCAAUUUCUCCCUGGAGAAGUGCAAGAAUAAACUGGAUAUGUACUUCACAAUGAGGAGUGCCUGUCCAGAAUUCUUCGCCAACAGAGAUAUCACGAGACCAGAGCUUCACGACCUUAUGAAGAGGGCACAAGGACCUACUAUGCCAGGACUGACCCCAUCCGGCAGACGAGUCACAAUUUGCAGAGCCCUGGACAAAAGGAUGGAUCCACAGAACUUGAACGAUGCGUUCAAAAUCGCCAUGAUGAUCGGUGACGUCAGACUGAUGGAAGAAAUCGAAGGUGUGGCUGGAGAUAUUUACAUUCUAGAUGCUUCUGUGGUCAGCCCAAGUCAUUUAGGAAAAUUAUCCCCGUCAGCGUUGAAGAAAUUCUUCAUUUGUGUCCAGGAAGCAUACCCGAUUAAAUUGAAAGAAGUCCACGUAGUAAACACAACAACUUUGGUUGAGACGGUCUAUAAUAUCAUCAAACCCUUCCUCAAGGAGAAAAUGAGGCAAAGAAUUCACUUCCACAGCAGUUACACAGCUCUUCACGAGUACGUACCUAAGGAAUUACUGCCAACUGAAUACGGCGGCACCGGUAGCCCUCUUGAGGAAAUCAACAAUGCUUGGAUAAAAAAACUGGAAGAAUACAAAGAUUGGUUCAAGGCUCAAGAAAGUCUCAAAGCUAACGAGGCCCUACGACCUGGAAAACCAACUAAUUAUGAUGAACUCUUUGGCAUCGAUGGAUCCUUCAGACAGCUUGCUAUAGAUUAAAGCACUGUUACAAACCUAGAUUAGUUACUAUGUAUGUAAGGCCUCGUAAAAUCAUAGGCUAGUUUCAUACCUGAGAUAAAACUGCAAUCCAUCCGACCAAUAAGAUUGUUUGAGAUGAAAACUCUUUGCUAAAUACCUACUAU